UGGAUAGGUUUAAGUGCUCCAUGGGGGCGCUUCCACUGGUCAUUGGUGGGUCGUGAAUAUUCUGAAACUGUAUUGACCAUUGUACAGAGUAUGCCACUGGGCUCAGAUUAGUAUACUUACUAAGCCUCACAGCCACAGUUGGGAAAAGAUGCCGGUGGUUGAUGUUUACCUCAGCUUGUGGGUCCUGGCUUUCAUCUUCUACAUAUGGACUGAGUCACCGGUGGUGAAAGCUGACGACACAAGCAUCCACACUCAGUCUACUGCCACUGGGUCCGAGCGGAUUGCAGCGUUGCGCUCAGUACUCUCACAAAAGUUUGUCCGCUUGUCCCGAUCCAAGACCUUCUUCAAUGCUGGGGGAAAGAGAUGCAAUACGAAAGCAACGUAUUACCUCAGGGCAUAUGAUGUAAAUGGGACUAGUGCUGCCUAUUCCAUUCAGAGUCGACGAAGCAAUCAUUAUCUUCAAGCUACUGACCAGUGCUCCCUAGUAGCCGCCAGUCCAGAUGAUGAUCCUGGCAGCCCUGAUCUCGCCUUGCUCUUCCAUAUUAUCCUGGAUGGCAAUGGAAACACACAGCUGGAAAGUCUCAAAUACCCUGGUCGCGUGAUCACUGUCAUCACAACAAUCAACACAGGAUAUACGCUGACAAUAAGUUGUCCGGAAAGAGCUGCACAGAGUCCACGCCCGCUAUUGGCGUCAACACAGUUUAUUCUAUACGAUGCCAGCCACGGAUGUAAUAAUUUAACACCUAUGCCACUGUCGAUGUUAGCUCCACAUAUGCCCAGUACCACCGCUGAGGAGUCACAGCCGACACCAGUGCAGAGUGGAAUAGUGACAGCAUCAUCGAACGCAACUACCGACCAUCCAGUACGCAGGGUAACACUGGCUUCAACCCAACCUGCAUCAGUACCGGGCAAUGGGACAAGCCUCUUAGAGAGGGAGCAGGCAGAACGCAAACUCACAAUGCAAGCUAUACUACAACCACCAGACCGGAUGCCUCCUCACGCAACAAGACAUCCAAUGCCACAGAUGACGUCAGUAGCGACUUCGCCACCUUCCUUUUCAACAGAAGAGACACGCACGUCUCCCACUGCAUCGCCUCUCAGCGAGUCACUGCGCGCAUAUUUCCUUCGCUUGGCUGUGAUGCAACGUCGUCCACGACCACCCAGUACUCCGGAAGCGACACCCUCACAUAUUCCAGUGCAGAGAGAGAUUGCAACGGCGACAGUCCCAAUUACACCAUCAUCUACGACGCACCGACCUAGUCAAGAUACGGUUGGUUUUUUCCUCCAACAGGCGCUAAAACAGACCCUGAACAGAGGAAAGCGGCAGAUGUCUGUUCAAAGAAUGCCACACAACACUAUCAUGACAGAUUCAAAGGCCGGCUUCAACAAGGUUUCACCAAUAGCUCUUAAGCCUUUGGAGGUGGCAGAAAAGGACAAUCAGCUGCUUUUCGGAGAAGUGGAUGAGGAGACAUCGCCUAACCUGGCGGCGUCUGAAGAAACCACCGACGGGAAUGUGUUCUACCUGGCGCAGCCCAGUGAUGCUAAUGAUGAUAGAGAUGAUGAGUAUGUUGAUGUUCAUGCCUCGGAGCUGCAUGAAAUCUGCAAUCGCACUGGUGAGGUGAUCUUCAUCAUGCUCAGCUUGGAACAGCAGGCACCUUCUGAGAACAGAGCGGUGCAUGAACAAGUCGUCACCACAGCACAGCAAAGCACUACCACCACAAGUGUGCCCGCAUCCACACUGCCUUCAGAACAGGAGGAUGAUUACAACCUAGAUAUCUGGGCAAUUCUAGAACAGGAAUUUAACGAAAGCCUACUGGAGGGUCUGGACCCUAGUGUUGAUCCAGGCAUCAAUUAGCAAAGCAGCUAGCUACAAUGCACGAAGUUGAAUAUCUAUUUUGGUUUCCCCUCACAAGUAUAGAUAACAUCUCACCUUCUGUGCAACCAUCUUGAGACUGAACAGAUGUGUAUGGGCACACGAGUAGAUCAGCAUACAUCUUGUGCGCAUCACCACGAGCUUGAGUGAUAUCUAAGUGCUCUUUAGGGACAUUUAUAGAGGAUCCUGACACUCCCAACUAGAAUUUAGGUUGCCGCUAGCUAGCUGCAUCACCGCCCGAAUCUAAAAUGAGCUCUUCUUGAAUGUUAUUGCUUACAAGAGCAGAUCUACAGUACAUUGGAUUUUCCUGAAAAUAUUUAAUGUGAACUGAAAUGGUGUGACUUCGGCAGUAAUUUGUGAAGAAAGUUGUGAAAUGUAUGUUAGUGCAAAAUUAACGAUAACAUGCAUAGUAUCUCUGAUGCCCUCGCAGGCGUCAAUAAUUGUU